AGGACUUUGCUAUUGGAUAGCCUCCAGAAUGAGCUCGGUGUGCUCCCGUCACGACCAGAAACCACCACGGAGAGCAAAGCAGCGAGCACAGCCUGCUUCGCGCAGUCGGUGAGUACCAUUUUCACAUGGGGCGAGGCCUUGUCACCUGCCGUUUCCAACGGCUACGUGAAGCGAAACAUCCAGAUCUUCGAACUGCUCAUUGCCACGGAAUACUGGCUGUGCCUGUACCGGAGGUUGGGAGGAAAUGGCAGCUCGACGAGAAACUACACAACUACGACUAUACAGGAGCACACCUCGUCUUUAUUCCGGUCCGCGCAGCUUGGUCUUUCGGGGGACAAAACUACAUCAUCAACUCAGGUGCUAGAUGUGGACAUCGUGUCGUCAACAUCCGCCAUGAGUGCCGGCGCCGUGGACGCCGUUCACAGAACGGACACAGCGCCAACGGCUUUCGAGGACAACAGGUGGACCGGGGUGUUAGAUGAUAAGCCCAUUGGCUAUUCGUGGACCGACGAAUGCAGCAUCCUGAUACGCCCUGUUGUAGAUGACGGCGCCCGGGUGGAGGAUAAAACAGAGGAAUUUCAAGCUGGAGUAGAGGAAAGCGCGGAUGAACUACAGCAGGUGGGCACCGGCGCAACCAACAUCCGCACAGGACCAACCUCCACUCGGAAUAAAAGCGCGACCGCGUCCUCAUCUCUUAUCGUGGAAAAUGCAAAUCAUCGCGUUGAGCCAGCACUUGUGCGACUGUCAACAUUUUCGAAAAGUAGAUGAAGUACGUAUACUAUGUCGAUUUUUUUCACGCUUUCCGUGCGUUUUGAUGGGAAUUAUAAAAAUCUCUUUUGGCCGAACAAUAUCCACCUCUUUUGGCCAAACCAACUUUCCAUUGACUUUUCAUAUCGUCCGCAACAUAAGCACACAACACGAUGAUAAUUGUCCGCUGUUUUUAUCAUGUACUAGAGUGUUGAACGAUACCAGAAAUUUGCGUUUUUUCCCACUGCAUAAAAAUCCCCAGGAAAAAGAUGAUACCCCAAGAACAUCACAAGCCAAAUCACAAGCUACUGACACCCACGCAAGCCGCUUCGAGGAACGUGGUUGGGGAACUGUGCAUCGCCGGGCCAAUGUUGGGCGAGUACUUUGGUCGCGAAGACUUGGCACAAACCCAGUUUUUCCACGCACAACCGUGUGCCGACGACGAGCAACUAGAAGCCCGCACAGAAAAAAACCGGAUCUCCUGCAGCGAAGAAGCCAAGUAUUUCCGCACCAACGACCUGGUGAAAGUCACCAGAACAGCUUGCGGGCAGCACGAGCUGCACUACCACGGCCGCCUCGACGAGUACGCGAAGGUGGGCGGCAAAUGGGUGGACAUUCGGGAAAUCGUGACCAAGAUCGAGGGUCUG